UGCCUAUAGUUGCUCACUGAACGCUGCUCACCGGUACUGUGUGAUUUUGUGUGGACGUUGUGUCGUGCUGUUUUGAAUUAGAGUAUUUACAAAGGAAUUGCUUUCCCCUGUUGUUUUCAGAAACAUGGCGGUGACUGCCAGUGCACAGAAGAAGCUGGUUCAGUAUGUGGUUGUGCGAUCGGACUUAAUUCACACCAUGUCUUGGCCAUUAGGAGCGGUUAUAACGCAAGCCUGCCACGCCACCACCGCUGCCAUACAUUUAUUUUACAGUGACCCCGACACACAGGAGUACUUAGCAGACCUGGACAACAUGCACAAAGUGGUCCUAGAGGCCAAAGACCAGGACUCUCUAUCAAAUCUUGCGUUAACACUAAGUGAAAAGGGUGUUUCACAUAAACUCUGGAUGGAACAGCCGGAGAACAUCCCCACCUGUCUGGCCCUGAAGCCCUACCCCAAAGAGACAGUGCAGCCAUUUCUGCGCAAGUUCAAACUAUUCAAGUAAACGGAUAGCAUGGACAAAUCCUCUGUGUUCCUUCAGUGAUGUCUGAUGUGGCCUACACCCAUUGAGUUUACAAGCUCAGUGGUAGGCCAUAGGACCUUUUUUGGAUCAUUUUCAAGAGUCAUUGUGUGCUACAUCCAUUAUGUGUGUUUGUUAUCUUUGUGCUGAAAUAAAAAAAAUCACUGAAUCUGCCUGGUAAUCUUAUCAAUGGGACUCUGUGACAGAUGCAGUCACAAGGCUCUCUAUGCUGAAUAGUAAGCAUGAACUGUUACAUCUAUUUUGACUUGCAUUAUAUAUGCAUUUAUAUUUAUCGAAACAGAAAAUAGUUAUUUUGGCCUUGCAGCGAUUAAGCUACUGGCACACAGAGGACAAACUCAGUACGUGUAAGCACCAACUCUGGUCACACAGAAACGAAGCUUCAUUUAAACUGGAGAAGGAAGGCAAAAACUAUUUCUUAAUUUCUAGGUAGUGCACCAACUUAUUCAAAUGCCAUGUUAUGUUUUGAUAUGUUAAUGAUAUUAUUAUGUGUCUUCAAAAAAUGAAUAUGUGUGUCAUGGAUAAUAAUAAUAAUAUUGAAGUGUAAUGCCAAAUAUAAUUUUGCAAACAAGACUGGGAUUAGAAAGGAAUUGAACUGUGAAUGCCAAUUUACAUUUUUACUUUAUUGCAGUGGGUUGCAGUUAUAUAUCCAUGGAAUCAUCAUCCAUGCCAUCAUCACAUGG